ACACUCCCUCCCGCUUACAAGCACACACACACAUUGGCUGCACAUGCAUCAAGUGGAACAGAUCCACAGGGCUGCACAGUGGUGAACCAGCAGUGUGUGAUAGAGAGAGAGAGAGAGAGAGAGAGAGGUGUGGGGGGGUGAAGAAAGAGAGAGAGAGAGAGAGCAUGUACUCUCCCUCUCACCAACUGCAGGGAAGCACCAGAGUGGAGAAGUUCCAUGAGGCGAGAGGUUCCAUCUGAGGACUUUCUUCACAGAUUGACCAUGGAAGCCAAUAAGUGGAGGUAGAAGAAGAGGUAGAAUAAGAGAAGAAAAGGAAGAAGAGGAAAGAAAGAAGUCUGGCUGAAGAAGAGAGCAGAGUUUCAUCUGAGGGAUUACUGGACAUUUUAUAUAUGAGCUCCUGUCAUGGUGAUAUCCUGCCUGAUCGUCUCUCGCUGACAGGAGCCUUUCUGUUUCUUGGAUUUCCCGGGGAUCAAAGUUUGUUUUCAGAGCAGUGUGAGUGUGUGUGAGUGUGUGUGUGUGAAUGAAGUGUGCGGAAGCAGGAAACAUGUCAAGUGGACGUUUCAGUCACCUGUUGAGGGGAGCCUGGCUGCUGUGGCAAGUUGUUUUUGUGGCGGGGACCGGGAGUAAACUAUGGGAGGUGCCUUCAGACUCCUUCACCUCCUCCUCCUCCAACCUCAGUGAAGGCCUGCAGUGGCUGCCCCACUGUCAGUACCGCCACCCACAGGAGAGAGUGAGAAUCACAGCAGACGUCCCCCCAAGACUGGAUGGCACAUGGGUGUCAACAAGAUGUGAGGUUCGGCCCGGUCCAGAGUUCCUCACCCGCUCCUACACCUUUCACCCCAGCCGUCACUUCCAAGCCCUGCAGCACUACUACACCGACAGCAGCUGCGAGGACCCGGCCUACUCCCUGAUGAUCUGGGGGAAGCUUCGUGUGCGCCAGGCCUCCUGGAUCACCCGCGGAGGCACCGAAGCUGAACACCACCUGAGCAAGGUGGCUAUCGUGGUCCACAGCCAGGCAGCCAGGCAGAGGCUGGCCUCCAGGCUGCCUGCGGCCUGUGUUGGUCUGACCCUGAGUCGAGUGGUACCAGGGAAGCUGUAUGAACUGUACAACACCCGGGCAGGGAGGGGGUGUCUGGCAGCGCUGGGUUUCUCCAUGAUGGAGAUGGGUCUAAUUCGGGUGGAGACGCAGCAUCACAGCCACGGAGGGAAGAUCCAGGAGCUGUUUUUAGGAGACAUCCACACUGACUGGACUCAGAGAACUCAAUAUAGACCCACAGGGUACCAGCAGCCGCUGCAGAACGCCAUGCAUCACAUCCAUCCCUGCCCCAUGUGUGCUCUGGUGUACCGCUCCUCAGAGCAGCGCCCCCCAGUGUUGCCCCGCAGCCCUGCAGCCCCUCUCUCUCUGGCUGGCCGUUGGGUCAGCCAGCACUGUGAGACCCGUCCCACCGUCCUCUUCCUCACUCGUGACUUCACCUUUGACCCUGACCAGCACGCAUGGGAGGGCCUCUACCAUCACUACUCAGACCCCGCCUGCUCACAGCCCACGUUCACCCUGAGAGCUUCUGGCCACUACGCUCAGGGAAACCCCUCGACCAAGAUCUCAGGAGCCACAGAGUUGGUCUUCAAGGUCACCCAGGUGAGAGUCACGGCCAUGGAGGAGCCUUCAGCCAAGCUGCUGAACGGGACCAGGCCAGGAAAGUGUGGUCGUGCCGGACGCUGGGAGGUCGGAGUGGAGCAGGACUUGACCCCCACUGACGGGUGCACGGUACUGGGCAUAAAGCUGCCGCACAAGGAGUACGAGCUCUUCAAGUCUGAGGUGGACCACAGGAAACAUCCCCUGCUGUUCAUCGGAGAGAGGCCCACUGAUGGAUCCAAUCCCGACCGACCUCAGCGGAGACCCACUUCCUUUCAAGCUCCCAUGGUGCCUUGCAGUGGAGGGGAAACACAGCGCUCUCAUCGCUAUGGAUCAGGAUUUAACAGCAAGCAAGUCCAGUUAACAGCCAACGGGACGGAGAGACUGGCACAGCUGAUGUUACUGCUGUUUGCAUCUUUGCUGUGCAGCUUGUUCUAGAGACUAAUUCAACCUGUUUCGCAGCUAAAGUCAUUAACAGACAUUUUCUGGAAGCUCUCUCUCCCUCCUCCUCAUGAUGAAGACCACAUGUGUGAUGGUGAAGAAAAAUGGAGACAUUCAAGAGAGCUCUGUCAUUUUUAAUAUGUGGCUUUCAGAUGCUGCCUGUAGGUUCACUUUAAUGACUCUUUACUUCAGCUGCAUUUCUACCUAAAACUAAUUUGUAUAUAAACUUUCAACAUAUAUACAGCUGGCAUAAUUUCAACAUGUCAAAAUACAUUUAUAUACUUUUAAACCAUGUUCCUUGAGUAUAAUGAUCAAAAAGCUGUUCUCACGUCACAGAUCAAUUCAUUUGUUUUUUACGUUAAUCCUGUUUUCCUGUAAUUACAUAACAACGAUGAAACAGGGAUCAGUUUUUUCCACUUGGGAUGAAGGCUGGACAUUCCAGUGGACAUUUUUACCAUGAUGCAGUUUGACUAAUGCACUUUGUACAUAUCUUUUUUUUAUAUAAACAUACUGGAAAGAAAAGAGGUAGACGUAGAAAAUGUCUGCACUCUAACAUCUUCAUCGGUCUGAUCCCACUGUGGUGUGAAAUGUUGCCUUAACUUUUUCCCUAAGAGCACAUUAGUCUGCUCCUCUAUCAACAGCCAAGAUAAAUCAGAAAAUAUUUAUUUUAACCAUCUAUAAUGUACUUUUUGAUAAAAGAUGUGGGUCUAAUAUUUUAGUUAGUUUCACCAUUUAAGAAGUGAUUCUUUUCUAUGUGUAUUAAAAAAUACU